UUUGAUCUCGUUUGUUUAAAAAUGUGUUGUGCCAGUGAACAUGUGUAUUUCAUUCUAUUAAUUAGACAAUUAUUUUAAAAUUAUUUUAUUUUUCAAUAAAGUUCCAGCAAUAUAGAACACCCAACGAUAGCUCAAGGAUUUGUCAAAUCCAAAAGUUCCGUUGUUGGUGGCAGAGGAUUGCGGAACCUUCGAGUGAAUAAAUUCAAGUCAGUGUUACUUGUUGUGUGUAAGGUGGUCGCGUUGUGUUUUGUGGGCAGCUAUACCCACGGCGUUGUAGCAAUCAAAUUUUUAGUGAAAAAUAGAUAUUUUAAACUGAUAUAAGAAUGUUAAAAAUUUAUUUUGAUUUUCAAGAGUGUUAACUGUUAUGUGUUAAUUUUUAACUUAUACGAAAUAACUGCGUCUUAUAAAGCAUCAGACAACUAUAUACUCAGCCAUAAAUACCGUAGAAUAUAUUAUCAGAAUUUUUUAAAUACUGCGAAAACCAUAUGACGACAUCUUUCACGCGGCACUGUCAUGGAACACUCAACGUAUUUGAUGACGUAAAUAACUACAGAUACCUUAUAGAUGAACAAACAGAAAAAUCGUGUAAAUGAUUUACGUCUAAUAGAACGCAACAGAAAACAGAUAGCUUAUAUACGAGCUAUUAAUAAUACUAAUUCUGAAUUUAUAGUGACUCUAUCAGUAACGCCUCAAUUUUAAAUUCUAUAAACAAUAAAAAAGGCGCAUAUAAUAAUUAACAAUUAUCUACUUCUUUAUUGCAAAUCAAACUAUUGACGAAGAAUACUGACUUUGCAAUCAAUAUGCUGCAUUUAGGAAUUGAGGUAGACCCAGAAGCAGAAGCCUCCAAUGGUGAAAUAGCUGCUACUUUAGCUGGCAUAAAUCGUGAAGAAGUCGAUCACACACUAGCCUUGAGUGCACAUAUGUCAGCUAAUUCUGCGACAGCAAUGUAUCCAGGCUUACAUCAAGCAGCAGCAGCUGCUGGUGCUUUUAGCAUGUUGCCAACACAAUUCCUUGCUGCAAACACACAAGCUGCUGCUGCAUUUAUGGCAGCACAAUUACCGAUGUCCACAUUGACCAAUACACUCUUCCCACCAAACUCAACUAUAUUUAGCCAAUGGCCGGCAGCAACAGCUACACAAGCCCACCUACCACCACUACAUACAACCUUGUCAAACUCCCCACCUGCCAGUCCACAAUCACCCAUCAGUCCACCCAUCAGUGUAGGCAAACACUGUCAUAGUAUCUCGCCAAUCACAAAUAUGUAUGAUGAACUAUCUAUGAAAAAACUACGCUCUUCCAAUGUCAUGGAUAUACCAAUGAGUAUUAAUGAUAUCUAUAGCACACCCGGACCAAUCUCACCACCCUCCAGUGCUGUAUCAUCAAAUUCAAGUCAAGACGGUGGAAACACACCAAACAAUCGCAAAGAUAAUGCACGUGACAAACCAUUCAUAUGUGACACUUGCAAUCGUUCUUUUGGUUACAAACAUGUCCUGCAGAAUCAUAUGCGCACACAUACUGGCGAAAAACCAUUCAAAUGUCCUGUCUGUGAGAAGGAGUUCACACGCGAUCAUCAUAUGAAAACCCACAUGCGUUUGCAUACUGGAGAAAAACCCUAUCAUUGCACCCACUGCGAUCGACAAUUCGUACAGGUCGCUAAUUUGCGUCGGCAUUUACGUGUACACACCGGUGAACGUCCUUACAAUUGUAAAAUCUGCGAUGGUAAAUUCAGUGACUCCAAUCAGCUAAAACAACACGUGGCACAGCAUGAUAAUGAGAGUUUAAUUGAUUGUGACCAAUGUCAUAUGAAAUUCCGUAGACAACAACAACUGCUAAAUCAUAAGUGCGGUUCUCAAACUCCACCAUCGCCUCUGAUUAGUCCAGUUGGCAGUAGUCAUAGUGAAAUGUGUUCAAGCUUUACCUCAGAAGAAUCAAUGGAAUUAGAUAAACCAAUGUUAAACUCACACGAUAACGCGAUGAUAAAUGAGGCACCAUUAGAUCUCUCCGAUGAUACCAAUAGCGUAGAAAGUGGACGUCAUACAUGUAAGGCACAUGAUAUACGUCGUGUUUUCCGUCUACCUCCACAAAUAACACACUUACCAAGCGAUAUGCCGAUACAGACUGAACCAGAGGAUUUGAGCAUGCACACAACACGCCUUUAUGUUGAUUCUCCAGAUUCCAUGAGCGAUAUUGAUCUGGAAGAACUUGAUGAUGCAGAAAGAUUUCAUUUGCACCAACAAAACUAUGCAUCUCUGAGAUUUAGCAUACCAAUGGAAUCGAAUAAUUCGUUACGCACUUUCGGGCGCAAGGACUCAACAAUUAAUCAGGCGAAAAUGGCGAUUUCAUUGCUGCAGGAAGCACAAACGCGAAGCUUAGCUGCUGCUUUAGCUGGCAUAAAGCGUGAAGAUGUUGAUCGUUCACUUUCCCUAUCACCACCAAUGUCCGCUAACUCUUCAUCAAGCAACAUAUAUCCUGGCCUACAACAAGCUGCCGCCGCGAGCGCCUUUAACAUGCUGUCGCCGACGCAACUAUUGGCGGCCAAUAGACAAGCUGCGGCCGCAUUUAUGGCUGCACAAUUGCCCAUGUCCACAUUAGCCUCAACAUUAUUCCCACAUCAUUCAGCAUUAUUCGGUUCAUGGGCUGCUAACACUUCCUCACCACAUAUGCCACUCUCAUCUGGUCCACAUUCACCACCCGCCAGUCCGCACUCACCUUUAGCAGCUGCCACACCGACCAGUAAACACAACCUGAGCCUUACUUCGCCCACCAGCAGCGUCCACAGUGAUGCACCAGUUAAGAAGACACGUAAAUUGUCCGUGAAAAAGGAUCUCAUUUCACCCCCAAUUGAAAUUUCCAUGAGUGUCAAUGAUUUGUACAAUUCAACGGGUCCUAUUUCACCACCAUCGAGCGGCUCCUCACCAAACUCUACACAUGAUAAUAGCGGUCAUGCUGGUAACGGUCCAAGUGGCGCGCAUAAAGAUCCUUCACGUGAUAAAAGUUUUACAUGCAAAAUCUGUUCGCGCUCCUUUGGCUAUAAACACGUUCUACAGAAUCAUGAGCGCACCCACACGGGCGAAAAACCUUUCGAAUGUCCUGAAUGUCAUAAACGUUUCACACGAGACCAUCAUUUGAAGACACAUAUGCGUCUACAUACAGGCGAAAAACCCUAUCACUGCUCACAUUGCGACCGUCAGUUUGUGCAAGUGGCGAACUUGAGGCGUCAUUUACGCGUCCACACUGGAGAACGUCCAUACACUUGCGAGAUCUGCGAUGGCAAAUUCAGUGAUUCUAAUCAACUGAAAUCACAUAUGUUAGUGCAUAAUGGCGAAAAACCUUUCGAAUGCGAACGUUGUCAAAUGAAAUUCCGACGGCGCCAUCAUUUAAUGAAUCACAAAUGUGGUAUACAAUCACCACCGACGCCUGCCAUCAGUCCCGCCAUAAGUACUGAAUAUGGUUUGAGUGAAAUUAAAUAUAAUAUGGGUUCCAGUUAUGGAUCAGAGGAAUCCUUUGAUAUGGGCAAAAAUGCACCACUUUUGUCACACUCAUCCACAACUGUUUUUGAUGCCACAGAAAGCGAAGAAACACCAUUAGAUCUCUCUGAAGAUUGUGGUAGCAGUGUGGAUGGUGGACGUAGUACGCGUAAAGCACAAGAUAUACGCCGUGUAUUCCGUUUACCAACACAGAUUAUGCAUGUACCAAGCGAUAUGCCUGAACAAACGGAACCUGAGGACUUGAGUAUGCACUCGCCUAGAUCUGGAGAGAGCAGUACACAGCACGAUAUGUCAUUACCGACAGCUGUACAGUCACCAGAAUCUUUGCACGAUGAUAUCGACUUGGAUGAUUUGGACGAUGCAGCGACCCUGUAUAUGAGACAACAGCAUUUAGCGGUUAUGAAGCGGGGUCUUAGCAUGGACUAAGCUAGCAGAAGUUAUAUUGACAUUUGUAAAAUAUGUAUUCAAAGAUUUGUGAGGAAAACCCAAAGAACUCUACUAGUUAUUAGGUAAGCAAGAAAAAAAACUUGAAAUAAAAUCGACUUUUUCAUCCAAUGAAACGAUGUCGAAAUGUAAAACGAAAUUUUAAAUUUUGUUCAACUGCCACGCCCAAUUAAAACUAACAACAACUACAACAACAACAAUGCUGUUUAGCAGUAAAUUUUA